AUGUCCUCGGUCAUGUUGAAGGAGGAGGAUCCCGGAGAGGCUGGUGAGAUUAUUUUCUGGCUGGUUAUUAACAUUUUAAUUGAUUGAUUUAAUAUCGCUGAUGAGCCAGCAGUUCCACUUCCCCGGUGUCCCAGCCAGGUCUGAAAAUCAGCACGUAUAACUGACAUCAAGGUCCAGAUUUGGGGAAAGGGGUUACAGAGGAUAGUGGCUAGGUGUCGUUCUGGAAAUGUGUAGAAAAACAACACUGACUUUUGACCCCACUCUCUCUCUCCUGCUGCUCCUGUGUCCUGCAGCAUCAGUCAGUCUGUUCCCAGAGUUCCUCCAUUCCUAUCUCAGACACUCAUCCAGCGCUGUCUUGACUUGCUGGAGGAGUAUGAAGCCAUCUGUCAAGAUAAGGUACCGUUCUCUCACUCUCACCUGACACAGGUUCCCUCUACUGUGUGAAUGCUAGUGAGUGAGUGUCUGUCUGUGAGUGUUUUUAGAACACGUGUGUGCAAGCGUUGGUGGAGCAGGAGGUUCGCUCCUCAAGCAUGUGUGUCCAAGCGUUUGCGUAUGUGUGUGAGUCAUUGUGUGUGUAUAUAUGCAGAGCUGUGUGCUACUCUUAUGAACACCCAGUGAUGGUGUCUGUGUACACGGAGUGUACAAAACAUUAAGAACACCUUCCUAAUAGUGAGUUGCAUGAACACCCAGUGAUAAUGGUACAUGUGUAGCUAUGCUGCUCUUAUGAACACCCAGUGAUAAUGGUGUAUUGUGUUGUACCAGGUGGGCAUGCUCCAGAGGCUGGUAUCGAGGGCAGCGCCAGGGCAACAGAAGUCCUCUAAGACCGCUGGUAUUAGAUGGCUUUUACAGCAGGAGAUGGUCACCUGGCGCCUCAUCACUUCUCUAUAC